GCGAUCACUUAUUUUCUUUGACUUCUACAUUUCUCACCUCUCACUCAUCCUUUCCUCUCUUCCUACAACUGAGCUUCGAGAGUCUUUCAUUCUACGCUUAGACAACUCGCUCUGUGCUUUAACACGAUUUCCAGGCUGCCUCUUCUUUCGUUUUCACCUCUCUUAACAUACGCGCCCUCUGUUCGCGAAAUGGCCGACAACGCAAGUGCUGACGGCGCUGCUCCGGCGCCCGAACACCUCAACAUCAAAGUCACAGACAACCAUAACGAGGUCUUUUUCAAGAUCAAGCGCACAACUCAGCUGAAAAAGCUCAUGGACGCUUUCUGCGAACGACAAGGAAAGCAAGCUUCGACCGUCCGUUUUCUGUUCGAUGGGACCCGUGUUCGCCCAGAGGAUUCUCCGGAUACUCUGGAUAUGCAGGACGGUGAUACCCUAGAGGUUCACCAAGAACAAAUCGGAGGUUAGAGGGUCACCUUUAAUAUCGAAAUCCUUCUCUCCAGCCGACUUUUACAUGUGUGUUACGACAGCGAAUUUGGUCAUUUAGGACAUAAAAAUGUUUCAAGCUGAGCGAUGAUUUUGGCGCUGACAGCCUUGUCUACAAGAAAUGGGUCUUGGCGUGCAUUUUGUUUCAUUGUCACAUACAAGUGCUUUGAUCAUACUUGUCCAUCGCAAAAUGGUUCCACUAAAUAAUUAAGCGUAUCCAGACUACCUAAAUCUGCGAGUCAAUUCGCACCCUUUUCUAGUG